AUGGCGAUUGUACCACCGACCUGGGAGAUAAAUGAGAUGGUUCAUGCUAUAUUUGAGGCGCCAACUUACCAUUUAUUUCUUGAAGCCAUCCUGAUCAUCUGCAUUAUCAAAUUGCUUUUCUCAAAAAGCUACAAUCCUGAAAAGACCAUUUUGACAGAAAAGGAGGAAGCCAAGAAAACAUUGAGACAUUAUGGUGUUGGUUCGUGUGGACCUCGUGCCUUCUAUGGAACUAUGGAUCUUCAUCUUUUUAUGGAAGAGCAAUUGCAGAAAUUCAUGGAAGUGGAAUCUACCAUUCUUUAUUGUUAUGGCUUUGCAACUAUUGCCAGUGCCAUUCCUGCCUAUGCCAAACGUGGUGAUGUCAUAUUCUGUGAUGAAGGAGCCUGUUUCUCAAUCCAGAAGGGAUUGCUGGCUUCUCGUAGUGAAAUCCGUUAUUUCCGACACAAUGAUAUGGAACACCUUGAAGAAUUAUUAAUUCAGCAGCAGAAGGAAGAACAAAAGAAUCCUAAAAAGGCCAAAAUCACAAGGAAAUUUAUUACUGUGGAAGGUGUCUACAUGAAUUAUGGAGACAUUUGCCCUUUGCCCAAAAUUCUGGAAUUCAAAUAUAAGUAUAAAGUGCGGAUCUUUUUGGAGGAAAGUUUCAGCUUGGGUGUGUUUGGAAAGAAUGGUCGUGGUCUCACUGAACAUUUUGGAAUCCCAAUUGAAGAAAUAGAUUUUUUAGCUGCUUCUCUGGAAAAUGCUUUUGCCAGCACUGGUGGCCUGUGCGUUGGCAAAAAGUAUAUUAUUGAUCAUCAGAGACUGUCAGGUCAGGGAUAUUGUUUUUCUGCUUCGCAACCUCCACUCUGUGUUACUGCUGGUAUUGAGGCUUUCCGAAUGGUAGAAGAAAAUCCUGACAUCAUAAAACAGUUGCGGGAUAAAUGUGAAGAGGUCCAUGAAAAACUAACAGGCAUCGAAGGACUUGAAUUGUGUGGAGCACCGAUGUCUCCUGUGAAACACUUGCAUCUAAUUGAACCAAGUGAUGAUCGUGACAUUGAUGAGAGGACUUUGCAAAAGAUUGUGGAAAUGGCCCACCAACAAAAGAUUGGACUGACUGUUGCUCAGUAUCUUGUUGAUGAAGAACAUAACCUACCAAAACCCAGUGAAUCUUGA